CCCGCCGGGCCGCCCAUGGCAUUCGCGGCGCGCCUCGCCGCCUCCGCACUCGUCGCCGGCCUGCUGGCGGCGCUGAUGCCGGCCCCGGCGGCGGCGGCGGCGGGAGGGGUGUGCUUCGACAGGAUAUUCAGCUUCGGGGACUCGCUCACUGACACCGGCAACUUCAUCCUCUCCGUGCCGGAGGACUUCCCGGACCCCGCAAAGCGCCUCCCCUACGGCCAGACCUUCUUCGGCCGCCCAUCCGGACGAUACUCCGACGGCAGAAACCUACUCGAUUUCUUCGCUGAAGCAUUUGGGCUGCCAUACGUGCCGCCCUAUCUCGGCGGCGGUGAAUUCCUGAAUGGCGCCAAUUUUGCGGUUGGCGGAGCGACUGCACUCGAUUACUCCUUCUUCCGCGAGCGUGGGGUGGAGCCUACAUGGACUCCACACUCCCUUAACGAGCAAAUGCAGUGGUUCAAGAAGCUGCUUCCGUCCAUCGCCUCGACUGAGUCAGAACGCAGUGAUAUGAUGUCCAAAUCGCUUUUCCUACUUGGAGAGGUAGGUGGGAAUGAUUACAACCAUCUAAUUGUCAGGGGGAAAUCACUUGAUGAGCUACAUGAGCUUGUUCCUAAUGUUAUUGGCGCCAUAGGCUCAGCUAUCACGGAGCUUAUAAAUCUUGGAGCAAAGAAAUUUGUUGUUCCUGGAAAUUUUCCAAUAGGAUGUGUCCCACUGUAUCUCGCAAUAUUUCCAAGCGAAAAGGAGGGUUACUAUAAUAAAGAAACAGAGUGCAUCGAGUGGUUAAAUGAAUUUACCGAGUUACACAAUCAGUUGCUCCAGGAAGAAUUGGAGAAAAUCAGGAAUCUUCAUCCUGAUGUAUCUAUCGUUUAUGCUGAUUAUUAUGGUGCUACAAUGAACAUAUUUCGUGCCCCACUCCAGUUUGGCUUUACUGUCCCACGGAACUCAUGCUGCGGAAGCGAUGCCCCGCAUAACUGUUCUCUGUCGGUAAUGUGCGGAAACCCUGGAUCUUCUGUGUGCCCUGACCCAUCGAAGUACAUCUCAUGGGACGGACUACACUUCACCGAGGCGACGUACAAAAUUAUCAUCCAGGGAGUGCUGGGGUCGUACGCUAUUCCUCCUCUUUCAGAAACCUGUCGGGGUGGAGAGUAUAAAAUCUCCCAACUUCAUCUUUGUACAGAUAACAAUCCUACGAACACUGUAACAUACGAUGCCAUGAGCUCUUUUAUUUGAUCAUGUGAGCUUUGGGGCAACGUAGAACAAGGAGCAAUAUAGAGACGUCACAGGGUUCAAUGGAUCGCCUUGGACUCUUUCUCAAAGUCGAGAAAGAGCAGUGGUGAGGAAGCCUGUACUUCUAAGGGGAAGAGAUUUUGUAGAGCAGAACUGAAAAUCACCCCUGCUGAUUCCAAUGCUUUGUGCGGCUCCUUA